CAUAAUAUCUCACAGCACGACUCAGUCUGAGGUCUUUUCCAAGGCAACAUAGGGGCGGCAUGCUCACAUUUCCCCCAGCCUGCUGAUCAUUUCUUUUCACUAUCCCUCCUUCCGCUGCGCCGUUGAGGGCGAGAACAUCAACAACUUGACAAGAUGGUGAAGUUUUCGGCGGACGAGCUCCGCGCCAUCAUGGACAAGAAGCACAACAUCAGGAACAUGUCCGUCAUCGCCCAUGUCGAUCACGGAAAGUCGACUUUAACGGAUUCCCUGGUGGCUGCUGCUGGAAUCAUUGCCCAGGAGACCGCCGGAGAUGUGAGGCUGACGGACACUCGGCAGGAUGAGGCGGACCGUGGCAUCACCAUCAAGUCGACCGGUAUCUCGCUGUACUACGAGAUGACGGAGGAGUCGCUGAAGGACUACAAGGGCGAGAAGGACGGGCAUGAUUACCUGAUCAACCUGAUCGACUCGCCCGGGCAUGUGGACUUUUCGUCGGAGGUGACGGCGGCGCUGCGGAUCACGGACGGAGCUUUGGUGGUGGUGGACUGCGUGGAGGGAGUGUGCGUGCAGACGGAGACGGUGCUGCGGCAGGCACUGGGAGAGAGGAUCAGGCCGGUGUUGACUGUGAACAAGAUGGACAGGUGCUUUUUGGAGCUGCAGGUGGAGGGCGAGGAGGCGUACCAGACGUUCCAGCGGGUGAUCGAGAGCGCGAACGUGAUCAUGGCGACGUACGAGGACGCGCUGCUGGGGGACGUGCAGGUGUAUCCGGAGAAGGGGACGGUGGCGUUUUCGGCGGGUCUGCACGGGUGGGCGUUCACGCUGACGAACUUCGCGAAGAUGUACGCGGGGAAGUUCGGGGUGGACGAGAAGAAGAUGAUGGAGAGGCUGUGGGGGGAGAACUUUUUCGACCCGGCGACGAAGAAGUGGACGUCGAAGAACACGGGGUCGGCGACGUGCCAGCGCGGGUUCGUGCAGUUCGUGUACAACCCGAUCAAGCAGGUGAUCAACAUCUGCAUGAACGACCAGAAGGAGAAGCUGUGGCCGAUGCUGGCGAAGCUGAACUGCGGGCUGAAGGCGGACGAGAAGGACCUGGUGGGGAAGGCGCUGAUGAAGAGGACGAUGCAGGCGUGGCUGCCGGCGGCGAGCGCGCUGCUGGAGAUGAUGAUUCACCAUUUGCCGUCGCCGGCGACGGCGCAGAGGUACAGGGUGGAGAAUUUGUACGAGGGGCCGCUGGACGACCAGUACGCGAACGCGAUCAGGAACUGCGACCCGAACGGCCCGCUGAUGCUGUACGUGUCGAAGAUGAUUCCGGCGUCGGACAAGGGGCGGUUUUUCGCGUUCGGGCGCGUGUUCGCGGGGAAGGUGUCGACGGGAAUGAAGGUGCGGAUCAUGGGGCCGAACUACGUGCCCGGGGGGAAGAAGGACCUGUACACGAAGUCGGUGCAGAGGACGGUGAUCUGGAUGGGGAGGAGGCAGGAGUCGGUGGAGGACGUGCCGUGCGGGAACACGGUGGCGAUGGUGGGACUGGACCAGUUCAUCACGAAGAAUGCGACGCUGACGGGGGAGAAGGAGACGGACGCGCACCCGAUCAGGGCGAUGAAGUUUUCGGUGUCGCCGGUGGUGCGGGUGGCGGUGCAGUGCAAGCACGCGUCGGACUUGCCGAAGCUGGUGGAGGGGCUGAAGCGGCUGGCGAAGUCGGACCCGAUGGUGUUGUGCAUGAUCGAGGAGAGCGGGGAGCACAUCAUCGCGGGGGCGGGAGAGCUGCAUUUGGAGAUCUGUUUGAAGGAUCUACAGGACGACUUCAUGGGGGGCGCGGAGAUCGUGGUGUCGGACCCAGUGGUGUCGUUCCGGGAGACGGUGUUGGACAAGUCGGUGCGGACGGUGAUGAGCAAGUCGCCGAACAAGCACAACAGGCUGUACUUCGAGGCGCGGCCGUUGGAGGAGGGGCUGUCGGAGGCGAUCGACGACGGGCGGAUCGGGCCGCGGGACGACCCGAAGGUGCGGUCGCAGAUACUGGCGCAGGAGUUCGGGUGGGACAAGGAUUUGGCGAAGAAGAUCUGGUGUUUCGGGCCGGAGACGACGGGGCCGAACAUGGAUUUGCCAAGUAGGAACGAUGGCUGGGUGAAUAUCAGGUAA